AUGACAGUACUGACUAUAUCGUUCAAGGGCGAGUCGCGCGAGCUCAAUAUCGACGACGCCCUUCCGUACUCUGAAUUUCUACAGGAAAUAGAGAAAGAGACCCAGAUCCCGGCCGAGUUUGUCAAGCUCAUCACUGCUGGCCUGGGUGUGAUCAAGGCCGAUAAACUGGCCAAUGGCGGUGCCACGCCGAUUUCUAAGGUUUUCCACACUGAACAAUCGCGAAAGAAGAUUAUUCUCAUGGGAACUCCUAUUAACAAGAUGGAAGAACUGCAAGAAACAGAAGCAGCAAAGGCCAGAGAACAUGCUCGAUAUCUCCAAAGAAGCCAGAACCUGCGUCGACUGGCGCGACGACCAGCUCGAACUCAGUCUGCUGUGCCUUCUUCAACAUACACAUUCCACAAGAUCGAGCCUCUUGCUGGAUUACCGCAUCCAGAGAAAGCUCGUGCUUAUUUAGAACGGUUACGAGAUGACAGGGGUAUUCGUGCUAUUAUGGAAAAGUAUAAAUGGUCAGUCGGAGUUCUUUCUGAACUGGACCCUGCUUCUAGCACCAGCCACCAGUCCCGACUUCUUGGUUUGAAUACCGGUAUGGGACAGAUGAUUCAAUUGAGGAUACGAACAGACGACUACCAAGGAUUCUGUAACUAUAAAGAGGUGCGAAAAGUGCUGUGUCACGAACUGACCCACAAUGUCCAUUCUGAACACGACCGCAAGUUCUGGGAUCUGUGUAAGAUUCUCGAACGAGAAGCAGUUGACCUCGACCCGUUUGGCCACUCUGGUCGUCAACUCGGACCUGAUAUCUACGACGGACCGGGAUUCGGAGCUGAUCUCGACGAACUCCUGGCUGUUGACGAAGGAGGACUGAUCGGGUCGACCCAGCGACUCGGCACCCUCGAACCGCCAUCCACCUCCACCUCCCACUCCCGAUCCAAACCCACCUCAACUAUCACUUCAUCACCCACAUCCACCUCCACAGCCACCACUACCAACUCCAGCCCACUCGUACCAUCCACGACCACCGAAUCCACACCCACGUCUCCGCCCACCGACGAAGACGACUCUGUCCAAGCGCGAAUUCGCCGAGCGGCCGAAGAACGCCGACGCCACAACAAACAGACCCACGAAGAGAGCCAGGCCGGCAACUGA